UCCCCGACGGCCCCGCGUGCAAGUCUCCAUUGUGGAUGUGCAGUGCUGUGUGUGUGUGAAGUGCAGUGUCUAGUGCAAAGUGCAGUGUUGUGUCAAAGUGUUGCUCGUUUUGGAUCGCUUCGUCGUCCGCCGAGGCGACGGUCUGCCGUGACCUGGAGGACGUCAUCACCCACCCCUCGUCAGGGCCCGUGGUCGGCGCGACCUGGACAUGGCUUCCUGACCCCCGGCCGCCCCGCGGCGCCUCCCCCGACCACCCCGACCCGCUGGGCGACGGCAAGGAUAUGAUUAGCAUGGAGUUGCCCCCGGGCCACCAGCUGCACCACGGCAUGGGCCCGCAGCUCGUGGACUCGCUGCACCAACAGCACCUGCAGCACCACCAACAACACCACCAGACAGAUGACCACGGAAUGAGUCAGGACGGUCACGGGGGCGUCAACCAGCUGGGCGGCGUGUUCGUCAACGGGCGGCCGCUCCCCGACGUGGUCCGGCAGAGGAUAGUGGAGCUCGCCCACAACGGGGUGCGGCCCUGCGACAUCUCGAGACAACUCAGGGUGUCUCACGGCUGUGUCUCCAAGAUACUAUCUAGGUACUACGAAACGGGCAGCUUCAAGGCGGGCGUGAUAGGCGGCUCCAAGCCCAAGGUGGCCACGGCGCCCGUCGUGGACUCCAUCGCCAACUACAAGCGGGAGAACCCGACCAUGUUCGCGUGGGAGAUCCGGGACCGGCUGCUGGCCGAGGGCAUCUGCUCGCAAGACAACGUCCCCUCCGUGUCCUCCAUCAACAGGAUCGUGCGGAACAAGGCGGCCGAGAAGGCCAAGCACGUCCACAACCAGCAGCAGGCCGCGCAGCAGCAGGCCAAACAACAACACCACCACCGCCAACAACAACAACAGCAGCAACACCAACAGCAGCAGCAGCCCACGGCGCACCCCGCGCUGCCCGCGCUGCCGGACCACCAGCGCACCACGACCUACUCCAUCAACGGCAUCCUGGGCAUCCCCCACGCCUCGCCGCACGCCUCGCCGCACGCCGACCCCAACGGCAACAGCAUCAAGCGGCGACGCCACGACGACCACGACGAGAACAGAGACAUCCACGCCCACCCCGAGGACGACAUCAAGCGGCAAAGAACGCAGUACAACGGCGACCCGCUCUAUUCAAAUCUUUGGACGGGCAAGUGGAGUCUCAAGGACGAGCACAAGCUGCUGUCGGAGUUGGGGGGCGCAGGCGGCGGCGGUGGCGCCACCAACGGCGGCUCGCCGUACUACGACCCGCACACCUUCAGCACCGGGGCGCCGACCACGGACAUCUACGACUCCCUCCAACCCGGACUGCAGCAACAGUCACCCUACACCACCACCUCACUCGCCACCAGCGGUUCGCUCACGCCCUUGGCGCCCAUCAGCAUGCAGGAGAUGAAGCUUGGCGGCCUCGGCCUAGUCCUCGAGGCGCCCGGCCUGUCGCCCUACCACACAGAAGGCAGCCACUACGCCGUGUCCGGGGCCGUGUCCGGGGUGAACGGAGUGGGCGUGUCCGGAGUGCCUUCCGGCAGUGUGCCCGAGGAGCAACCCCCACCACCCUUGUCGCCCGGGGACCCCGCGCUCACCGUGCUGCAGCCCGCGCCCGGGUCGCCACCCCCCGGCACCCCCACGGCCGCCACGGCGCUGUACCCCACCAUGCUCCCCAGCUUCACGCACUACGUGGCGGCGGGCGGCGGCGGCGUGACCGGGGUGGUCGGAGGGGAGUACGCCUACACGUCGCCCUACUCGCAGUACACGUCCAGCUACGGCGGCUACUCGUACGGCGCCGGGGGCUCGCUCCUCAGUGCGCCGUUCUACUACAACAACCAGGGCGUGCAGCAAGCCCAGGGCGCCGCCGGGGGCCGCGUCGAGCUGGGCGGCGAGCUGGAGGUCAAGUCCCCGCUCGCGGCCACCAGGGCCAACUCGGGCGCGUCGGCGGCCUCGCCCACCGGGUCGGCGUGCUUGAAGCAGGAGCCCACGCUGCUCCACACCACGCCGACGGCGACGCCCGCCGACGCCACCCUGGGCCAGGCCACCAUGGGCCAGGCCACCAGCGGCCUGAUGCUCUAG